AUGACAGGGGGCCAAUAUUCUUCGGUGUGGCUAAAGGAAGCAAGUGGGGACCAUACAGAAACCUUGGAGUUGGAGUAUGACCCAAACUGUACAACUUACAAGGAUCUGUUGAAAAUAUUUUGGAAAAAUCACAACCCUACAGCAGUCCAUAAAGCUCAGUACAUGUCAGCCAUUUUUUAUCACAACGAGGAUCAGAAACAACUUGCAGAGGAGACUCGUGAGGAACAUCAGAAGAUAGUCAAAAGAAAGAUAGUAACGAAGAUCCUUCCAGCAAACACGUUCUACGUAGCUGAACAAUACCAUCAAAAGUACAUGCUGCGACAGCACCCCUUGCUGCUGAACAGUCUGGGCUUAAAUGACGAAGAGCUGAAGAAGUCUCGGGUUGCAGCUCGUUUAAAUGGUUAUGUUGGAGGUUAUGGUUCCAUAAAGAGCUUUGAAGCUGAAGUGGAUGGGCUAAAAUUAAGCAAUCAGCAAAUAGAAAUGGUGAAAGAGAUCAUAGAGAGAAGAAGAUUCUAAAUCCAAGGUUUAAGUUCAGAAAGACUCUAUACUACAAAGGAGUUGCAGUUCUCUGUCAGGAUUUGUUCUUCCUGAACAUUGUAGCCUAGACUGAUUUUUCAAGUUGGGCAUUUGUAAACUAUGUUAAUUUUUGUUAUUUUUUUUACCAUUUUUGCUCCUUCUUAUUUUAUUCUUACUUUGUUGGUAUUUCCCUAUCCCAGCAAAUUAUUAUUUCAAUUUUUCAUGACACUUUAUUAUGAUUCUCUUUGACAUUCUCUUUGACACUCCAAGGAAUAUAUUGUGUCAUAGAGCAUUGUUUGUUGGCAGACCCUUUGCUUCCUUAGUGCUCAUUGUUAUAACCUACUGCUUAUGAAGUUCUGUAGUUUAAACUGAAAAAUGUUCGACAGGACAGAUGAUGUGAGAUUACUGUGGGUAGCUUUGAGUCUAGUAAGGGCUAAAUGUAGGUGUAAAAAAUUAAAGCUUGUGCACCUGUAAGUAAAUUUUAGAAUCCGAAUAAUGAGUGUUUUGUUGUAUUUUUUAUUUUAAUCACUAGUGUACAUGGAUGUCUCUGUGAGAGACAUCAUCUCCCAAUAAUUUAACUAAAUUUGUGAGUUUGA